UUUAUCUGUUCUUCCUUGCCGCUAGGACUACUAAGUUCUCUUCUUCGCUUAGCCUCUCCGCCUCUGCUUGUGAAGCCCGCCUCCUGCUCGCUCUAUCUCAAUUUGUUUUCUUAUUCUUUCAGGCAAAGCAACUUCCUGAAUUGAUUAUUCUUCUCCAUCCGGAAAUGAAUGCGCCGUCUCCAAAUGAUUACGAGUAUAACGACGAAGAGACUUUUCUCGACGAAAGUGAUAUAAUUAACGAGUAUGAUGUUGAUGUAGAAGAACUCCCAGAUGCAGAUGAGGAAGGUGACUCUCAUGGAGAUGAUGAUGGAGAUGAUGAUUCUGAAGGGGUUGAUCAUUCAAUACAUAUAUUUACUGGUCAUACAGGUGAACUAUACACUGCUGUCUGUAGUCCAACAAAUGCUGCAUUAGUGGCAACUGGAGGUGGAGAUGAUAAAGGAUUCCUGUGGAAGAUUAGUCAUGGAGACUGGGCUUUUGAGUUGCAAGGUCACCAAGACUCUGUAUCUAGUCUUUCCUUUAGCGCAGAUGGACAGUUUCUUGCAUCUGGAAGCUUGGAUGGAGUUGUGAAAGUAUGGGAUAUGGCUAAAGGAGAAUUAAAAUGUACCCUUGAAGGUGCAGAUGGAGGCAUUGUGUGGGUCAGGUGGCAUCCAAAAAGACAUUUGGUCUUGGCUGGUUUAGAGAAUUCUUUGGUUUGCAUGUGGGAUCCAGACAGGGCUCCUUAUGUGGAUGUCUUGUCAGGUCAUGCGAGUAGUGUAACCUGUGGCGAUUUUACCCCUGAUGGUAGAAAAAUUUGUACCGGUUCUGAUGAUGCAACUCUGAGAAUUAAGGACCUAGAAACUUCAAAAGUUAAUGUAGUUAAAGGUCAUUCUUAUCAUAGUGAAGGACUUACGUGCUUGACAAUCAACUCUGACUCUACUCUUGUGCUUACUGGGUCAACCGAUGGUUCUGUUCAUGUUGUUAACCUAUCAACUGGAAAGGUUGUUAGUUCGUUGAUGGAACAUUCAGGUUCAGUCGAGUUUGCUGCUUUUGAACCAAGCUCUGGAAGGCAUAGUUGGAAGGCUGCAACAGGAGGCUUGGAUAAGAAGCUUAUAAUCUGGGAUCAGUAUUCGUCGCUCCGUUGCAUAUGUUAUCAUGAGGAAGGUGUGACGUGUUUGCUGUGGCUUUCUAAAUAUGUAGCCUGUGGUUGUCUUGAUGGAAAAAUAUGGAUAUGGGAUAGUUUGUCGGGGAAUUGUGCAAGAAUAUUCAGUGGACACUCUGAUGCCAUUCAGUCCAUUACUGCAUCUUCAAAUGGAGAUUUUCUCGUCUCCGUUUCACUUGAUGGAACCGCUCGGGUCUUUGAGACUGCAGAAUUCAAAUAAGGUCUCAAGUUUUCAAACUAUGUGCUUGUUUUUUAUUUUCUUUUUAACUACGCUUCUUAUUUCGUAUUAUAUUUAAGUUAUAUGCUUCAAUCAUGGUAUUGUGUAGAAAAGAGCCGUCUUAGAGCCGAAUUUACUUGUUAAAGUGUGUUGGAGUGUUCAAUCAAAAAAAUUACUCUCUAAUUUUAUGAUUAUAGUAGCAACUCCUGAUUAUUUUAAGGGAGAAUA